AUGUUCUCUACACUGUCCCACAAACGUCGCCAUGACGAUGACGACGAUGUUAUGUCCAUGCACCACGACAAGAGAUUGCGUCACUCUUCUGGAAACAACCAUGGUGUUUUUGGUUCAAACCCCAGCAUCGAAGCUCAAUCUAUACCUGGUGCCAUGGACGAUUCAUUAGCUUCCACCAUAACAGGAACCGACUCAUCCGACGACAUGGAUAUGGACAUGAGAGAUGACUUCCAGAUGGAAUUCUCCCAGUCUCCUGAGCAGCCAUCUUCCUGGAUCAUCCCAAACGCCCCGCUCCGGAACCCUCGGAUGGCUCUUGAUGAUAGAGGCUCACGAGUGCCAACUCCCAUUGCUCUCUUGUCUACACGACCAAAACCUACUCCGCUCCAAGGUAACACCAGUGCUAGUAGUUCUUACAAUGCCUCUACUUCGAUGCGUGCUCGUUUGGCUGGCCCAAGAGAACGCUUCCCAUCACCAAUCUCCGAAGACGAGCCUCACACACCCACCACAGCUACUGGAAGCCAGUUCUCCUUGUUGACUGUUAACGAUAUCGAUAUGGAUGCUGAGACGACACCCCGACCUCCUCCACCACAAACGCCAGAGAUACACGUUCGCAAGCAGCGACAACGAAGUGGUGCUUUCACAUCUCCGCGUGACCAAGACACUUCUAAAAAGUUCUCUAUGGGUUAUCGUGAAGACUGUGACAAGUGCAGGAAUCGUGUACCUGGCCAUAUGAACCAUUUUCUAAGGUAG